GAAACACCAACGGUUCGUACUCUUUACGCCGGAACAAACCAGUCCGCAAACAACGCACCCGCGAUUGUUAUCGCACAUACCCACACACACACACUGAGGUACACGUUCACUCUCGUCUGCCGCGUCGUCUCGCACAUAACAUUUACAAUAAAAAUAUACACAUUCACGCACGCGAACGCAACAUAGCUCCGGUCGUUCGGGUUCCAGUAGGAUAACCCAUACGAGCAUCCGGACGCCAUGCGCCCGCAACGGGACGGCAAAAUGUUUCCGAGACCGCAUACAAACAUGUAUUUAAUACUGUUCGCAAUUUUGGGGAUUCAGUUUGCCUUUUCUCAGCAAACUAACCCAAAUGAUUUGGAAGUGGUGCUUAACAUUGAAGACAGCAAUAAAACUCAAUAUCAUGAGCAAAAUUUCGAUACCAUGGCCUAUAUAUUCGGCUACGAAGUAGGCCCAAAUGGUCAAUUCCACCACGAGAAUAAAGGUCCAGAUGGAUUCACAUAUGGUUGUUACGGAUAUGUAGAUCCAGAAGGAAAAUUACAAGCAACUCAUUAUAUAUCUGAUGGUUGGGGAUAUAGAGUUGUCACACCUGGUGAAUCUGUAGAAAUAUUCCAUCAUAAACAUGACCCCUCUGAUGAAAAUCAAACUAAUGAAAGUUCUGAGGGAGGUUCGGAACACGAACAUCAUGGACACCAUGGAGUGGUAACAGCAUGGGGUGAUCUUUAUUUCCCAAAAGGAUGUGGAGGAGGACGUCCAAUUCAAGGUACUGGCCAAUUAGGCGGAUCUGGUUCAUCGGGAUACCCUAGUUUUGUCGGAGUUGGUCAACCAGGACCAGCUGGAGCACCCGGAUCACCAGGACCGUCUGGUUCUCCAGGCUCCCCAGGAUCUGGUGGUUAUCCAGGUUCUGGUGGAUCUCCAGGAUUUGGUGGAUCUCCAGGAUCCCCAGGAUCAUUCGGUAAGCCGGGAUAUCCAGGUUCCCCAGGAUCACCAGGGUCUCCGGGCUCCCCAGGAUCACCAGGGUCUCCAGGGUCUCCAGGAUCUGGUGGUUAUCCAGGAUCUGGUGGUUAUCCAGGAUCUGGUGGAUCUCCAGGAUCUCCAGGUUCAUUCGGAAAGCCAGGAUAUCCAGGCUCACCAGGAUCUCCGGGCUCCCCAGGAUCACCGGGAUCCCCAGGAUCGCCUGGCUCCCCAGGAACACUUGGCUACCCAGGGUCAGGAUCUCCAGGAUCACCAGGAUCCCCAGGCUCCCCAGGGGCACCUGGCUACCCAGGACCAGGAUCGCCAGGUUUACCAGGAUCGCCAGGAUCACCAGGAACUCCAGGUUCACCGGGAUCACCAGGGUCCCCCGGAUCAUUGGGCUAUCCAGGAUCAGGAUCACCAGGUUCACCAGGAUCUCCAGGCUCCCCAGGAUCACCAGGAUCCCCAGGGUCUGGUGGUUAUCCAGGUUCCUCAGGUUCAUUCAAUAAGCCAGGAUAUCCAGGCUCACCAGGAUCCCCAGGCUCCCCAGGAUUACCAGGAUCCCCAGGGUCACCAGGAUCACUUGGCUACCCAGGAUCAGGAUCUCCUGGAUCAUUUGGUUACCCAGGUUCACAAGGAUCUCCAGGCUCACCAGGAGCUCCAGGCUCACCAGGAUCACCAGGUUCACCAGGAUCACUUGGCUACCCAGGAUCAGUAUCUCCACCAACAUUUGGUUACCCAGGUUCACAAGGAUCACCGGGCUCACCAGGAUCUCCAGGAUCACCUGGAUCACCAGGUUCACCAGGAUCACUUGGUUUCCCAGGAUCAUUUGGUUACCCAGGCUCACAAGGAUCGGCAGGUUCACCAGGGUCUCCAGGGUCUCCAGGAUCCCCAGGAUCUCCAGGGUCACAUGGAUCCCUCGGAUACCCAGGUAGUUCCACAACAUCACCCGGAUCACAUGGCUAUCCAGGAUCGCCAGGCUCACCAGGCUUGCCAGGCUCACCAGGCUCACCGGGCUCACCAGGCUCACCGGGAUCUCAUCAUCAUUUAGGAGGUUCGCCAGGAUCUCCAGGAUCUCAUGGGUACCCUGGCACACAAGGAUCUCCGGGUUCACCAGGAUCUCCAGGCUCACCGGGAUCUCCAGGGUUCCCAGGAUCACUUGGAUACCCAGGCUCACCAGGCUCUCCAGGUUCUCUUGGCUAUCCGGGUGCACCAGGAUCUCCAGGCUAUCCAGGUGGUUAUCCAGUAUCAUCAGGAACUCCAGGUUCACCAGGGAAACCCGGAUCCCCAGGAUUACCAGGAACUCCUGGCUUACCUGGUAAACCAGGUUCAGGAUUAUCAUCUUACCCAAAACCAGGAUCUCCAGGAUCUCCAGGUAUUCCAGGUGCUCCAGGUAGCCCAGGACUACCCAGCCUACCAUCUUAUCAAAAACCAACAGUUUAUCCGUCAUCCACUUAUCCUGGUAGCUCAGGUUCUCCAGGCUCUCCAGGCUCCCCAGGCUUACCCGGAACUCCAGGCUUACCAGGUAAACCAGGAUCUCCAGGCUUUCCAUCAUAUCAACAACCAUCACCUUACCCCACUUCAUCUUAUCCUAGUGCACCAGGCUCAUCAGGUUUACCAGGAACUCCAGGAAUUCCAGGAGCUCCAGGUUUGCCAGGUUCACCGGGAUCAAUUUCAUUUAACAGACCAACUUCAUACCCAAGUGGUCCAGGAUCACCAGGGUUACCAGGAUCACCAGGAUUACCAGGAACACCAGGCCUGCCCGGUUCCUACCAAAAACCAACACCAUACCCAGGAACAUUAUAUCCUAGCGGACCAGGAGCCCCGGGAUCACCAGGCACUCCAGGAUACCCAGGAUCACCAGGCCAACCAGGAACUCCGGGAUUACCAGGUUCUUCACUAUACCCGAAACCAUCAUACCCUGUAGCUCCAGGUUCACCAGGUUCUCCAGGUUCGCCAGGUUCUCCUGGUCUACCAGGAAAACCAGGAUCUUAUGUCCCACAAUCUCCAUACCCAGGAUCAGUUUAUCCAGGUACCCCAGGUCAACCAGGUCAGCCAGGAACUCCAGGAUUACCAGGUAAACCAGGAGCAUCAGUUAUACCAAGUAUACCAUCAUAUGAAAAACCACAACCAACUUAUCAAAAACCAAAUGUAGGGUACCCCGGAAGUCCAGGCCAACCAGGCACUCCAGGUUUACCAGGUGCUUCAGGAUUACCAGGCACAAUUUCAUACCCGAAACCCACACCACCAUCUGCAUAUCCCGUAGGACCAGGUCAAUCAGGAUACCCCGGAUCUCCAGGACUUCCAGGUCAACCUGGAACACCAGGUCUACCUGGGUCUGGAUACCAGCCCUCAUAUCAAAAACCAACUCCCCUUAACCAAUAUGGAAAUCCAUCUUUAUAUCCAGGAUCUUCUUAUCCUGGAAGUCAAGGAUUACCCGGAACACCAGGAUUGCCAGGUCAACCAGGUACACCUGGAACACCAGGCUCAGCUUAUCCAGGCUCUGCAUUAAAUCAAACACCUAAUUAUCAAUCUGUCAAACCAAGCUCACAGGGUUAUCCAAGUUCCUCAUAUCCAGGAAGUCCAGGUCAACCGGGCACCCCAGGAUUACCAGGUCAACCAGGAACCCCAGGAAUACCAAGCCAGCCAUCUUAUCAAAAACCAAGUCCACCAACAUACCCAGUUAAACCAACAUAUCCUUCACAACCAUCGUAUUCUGGUUAUCCCGGAAGCUCAGGCCAACCAGGAAAACCAGGUACUCCUGGUACUCCAGGUACACCAGGUACACCAGGAAUCCCCGCGGGACCGUCCUACCAAAAACCUACACCACCUGCUGGAUAUCCAGGUUCUCCUGGUACACCAGGACAACCAGGAACCCCUGGCCUCCCAGGUAUUCCAGCUCAAUCGUUUGGUCAAAAUCCUCAAGCUUCGGUUGACUAUGGAAAACCUAAUCCAUCAGGAUAUCCUGGUUCUACAGGUCAACCAGGCCUUCCCGGUCAACCAGGCACUCCAGGAACUCCAGGAACCCCAGGAUUCCCAGGUUCUUAUCCCACUUCACCAAAACCCAGCCCAUCUCCCAUAACUCCAGGCAGUGGAAGUGUAUCAGGUUUACCAUCCAAUGGUUAUCCAAAUAAGCCUAAUCCUCAACCAACAUACCCGGGUCAGAAUUAUGUCUACCCUACCAGCUAUCCUCAAAGACCAAAUGUUCCUGACUAUGGAGCACAGCAGCCAAAUGAAUAUCCAGGGUAUUUGAGUUCAGGUUAUCCAGUACCCCCUCCUCCAAAUGCACCACUUCCUAAUUACCCACCACCUAGUUCACCAUCUGGGUACCCUGGUUAUUUUGAACUUUACCCGGGUCAAAAUCAAGUAUACCCUGGUCAACCAGAUUUUAAUUCAUACCCAGCUGGCGAUCAAUAUCCUUUCAACGGAAAUUUGUAUGGUUAUCCUGAACCACAAUUUACAUACCCAGCAACAGAAAACAAAGGUAAAACACCUCAAAUAACUACACCCGUCUCUACUUCAACAUCUGGUUACAAGAGUAAAUCUAGCCAAACAACUGUAGAAUAUCCAAAAACACCUAGUUUGAUAGAUGUACGCAUUAAUGUGCCAAAUGAACCUGAAUCCAAUGAUGGCCAAAAAGCCGUAGUUUUAAGUAAAAAUGAAUUAAUAGGACCAUCGUCGGGAUCAUCUGGAUAUUCCAGCUCACUUACUCCACAAUACGUGAACAGUCCUACAAAGGCACCCAAAUUACCAUAUCAGUUUGGUCAAGAAUCGAAUCAGGUAGUCUUAUCAUCAAACAAACCAGAGACCAGCACUCUGUUGUAUAGUGUACCAGCUAAAACAUCAUCGACACCUGAAAAUAUUAAUUCUGUGGAAUCAACCAGUACCAUAUCUUACGAAGACCAAUUCAGUACUCUUUCACCGGAUUCUUCGACGCCAGUCAAUAUAAUUCCUUAUCCUUUGCCAAUUGUGCCAAAUCCAGGAUCUUGUCCAUGCUAUUUUGUUCCACCAACAAGUAGUAAUUCUACUAAUCAAAUACAACAACAACAACCAACAUUUGACUUGAAUAAUCUCCCGGAGGGUGCUGUUAUUGGAUUUGUGCCUGUAGUAUUUUAUCCAUCGUGUGGAGCAGGAAGUGCAGCAUCAAAAGAUGUGCUAUCAUCUAAAUUAGAACCUGUUUUCCCCUCGGCUUAUCAGGUACCAUAUAAAUGUUCAUAUUGCGAACAAAGUGAAUCACAAACUGCAACUAUCAGAAGCAGUUUUGAUCAAGUAGUGAAACAAAGUCAAUUAAAUCCAUCCGUUGUAAUUAAAAGCCCAAGUAGAAAGAAUUACCCAAAUGCCCCAAUUUAUGACCAACAAGAAUUUGGAAGAAAAAUAAAAGUUGUAAGAAGGAAAACAAAAGAUGAAUAAUAUUGAAAAUAAUAGCAAAACACUUUUAAAGACUAAAAAAAACUACAAACUAGAAAACAAAUAAAACAGCACAGCAUAAAUAUAACAUUUCAAUAUUGUUUAUAUUUGAACAUGCAGCUAUGCGAUUGGGUCCAUAUUGAACAAAAAAAAAAAAAAAUCAAUUGACAGUUAAAUUGUACUAUAAACUUUAAUGCCACAAAAGCUCAGGUAAUUUUAUUUUUAGUUUAAGUUAAUUUUAUUGAUUGUAAUCCAAAUUACAAGGAUAUUUUUUUAUUGAAAGUGUUUUUUUUUUUUAAAUAAACGUUUAAUAGGAUCAAAAUGUACAAUAAAUUAUAAUUAAAUAAUCGACAUUGAAAGUCAUUUUAUGAAUGUAUUAUUGGCUUUAUUAAACAGCAAUUUUAAUUGUUCCAAUUGGAUUUUAAUGAAAAUGUUAUAUUACGUUUAUUAGUGUAUACUAUCUGUUAAUUAUAACCCGUCCAGAAGUUACCAAACAUUUUCUGUCAAUUUAUAGAUACUGUCGUAAGUCUAAAUAAAUCUUUGUUACGACAAAACUGUAUAUUUGUAUAAGGUAACUCCUGGAUAGACGUUGAUUGACAAUUUUGAUUUUUUUCUUAAUGAAUAUUUGUUUCUAUGUGCCGUACCUAAAUGUCAAUUAAAAAUAAAUAAAGUAUAAAUAAUUUGAAU